AAAUUUUGAGCCAAUCGCUGCAUGUCAUAUACAGAGGGUGGAUAGCAGACCUGUGACAUUCACUGUGCUCAUGUCUGUGUCAACUGUGUAAAUAUCCCAAAAUGAACACUAUACUGUCUUCUUUUUCCCGACUGCGAGGAAUAACCCAUUUCAGCAGCAGCAUCCCUACAGGGAACUUUGCAACAACGGGCAUCUCUCACCUCAGAUUAUUCAGCAGCUGGAUUGUGCCCAGAGCAGUUGCAGGACCACAGAUUUCCAGAUGCGGUCCGCUUUCUUCAGCUGAGGGUUCAGCUGUGUUCCAGCAGCUUCCGUGGCAAUACCAGCAGGUACGGACACGGAAAAGAGGAACAGAGUAUCAGCCCAAGAACAUCAAACGCAAGAGGACCCACGGCUGGAUCAAGAGGAUCAGUUCACAAGGAGGCAUACAAGUGAUUCUCCGGCGCAUGCUGAAGGGUCGGAAAUCACUCUCACACUGAAGGGUUCUUGUUGGAAAACCUGUUAAGACUUUCAAGAAACAGACAUUGGGCCUGAAAUGCUGGAGAGAAACUUGUGCAUUUGGUUAAUCGGUGAUACUGGGUGUGGGUUGGGUUUGGCAUUCCCACUGCAUUCACAAAGGGUGGGAGAGUGGAAACUGGCCUUUCCUUGAGUAAAAAGAGGUCUGAUAGUUUCACCCAAUUUGUUUCAAUGGGGUUUGAUUUCAUAACUAUUAAAUAACAUGUAAUAUCUCUGUCAAGUUAUGGCUAUAGUCAUAAAAUGUUAGCAGAUUUAUGGAUUUUGUUUUUGCUUGUGUGAUAUUUGGUUGAAAGACAAAAAUGUGUCUUGUGUUUAAUAAAAUGAUCUUGCAAAAUCA